CAAAACCUGCUUCUACUUCCUCUGAUAAUCAUAAUGCCAAGUCGAUUGAGAAUCGUCCCUUGGCCAGUUUUCCUCCUAGCAUUUGGAGAGAUCUUUUUCGCACAUGUCCUGAAAUGAAUAUGGAUCCUACUACUAAACCACAUGAAGAAUUGAAGCAAAAAGUAAAGAGAAUGUUGACCACACCUAUGGAUAAACCAUCCCAAAAGUUGCACUUAAUUGAUGCAGUGCAACGCUUAGGUGUGGCUCAUCAUUUUGAGAAAGAGAUAGAAGAUGCUUUAGAGAAUAUAUAUGGUAAUUGCAACGGUGAUGGCAAUGAUCUCUACAUUACUUCUCUUCGCUUUCGAUUGUUAAGAGAGCAUGGUGUUAAAAUUCAGUGUGAAUCCUUCAAUAAGUUCAAAGAUGAGAAAGGAAACUUCAAGGCAUCCUUAAUUAGUGAUGUGAGAGGCUUACUAGAAUUGUAUGAAGCUGCACACCUGCGAGUCCAUGGAGAAAACAUACUUGAAGAAGCUCUUGCUUUCACCACCUCUCAUUUAAGGUUAGUAGAAACAGUGGUAGAGUACCCUCUCUCAGCAGAGGUUGCUAUCUCCCAUGCCCGAAAACGACCCAUCCGCAAGGGAUUGCAAAGGUUGGAAGCUAGGAGAUUCAUUUCCAUAUAUCAAGAAGAUAGUUCACAUGACAAAAAGUUACUGAAGUUUGCCAAGUUGGAUUUCAGCUUAGUACAAAAUCUGCACAAGGAAGAGCUAAGCAAGAUCUCUAGGUGGUGGAAAGAUUUAGACUUCAAGAGAAAACUACCUUUUGCAAGAGAUAGAUUGGUUGAAGGUUGCUUUUGGAUAUUGGGAGUGUACUUUGAGCCUCAAUACUCCUUUGCUAGACAGAUAUUGACAAAAGCAAUAGUCAUGGCAUCUACCAUGGAUGAUAUAUAUGAUGCAUAUGGCACAUUUGAAGAACUUCAACUUUUUACCAAAGCUAUUGAGAGGUGGGAUACUAACUGUAUGGAUCGACUGCCAGCAUAUAUGAAAUUGUUCUACAAGGCACUCUUAGACGUUUAUGAAGAAAUGGAGGAAGUGAUGACAGAGCAAGAAAAAUCAUACCGUGUCAAAUAUGCAAAAAAAUCAAUGAAACAAUUAUCUCAAGCUUAUUUCGUUGAGGCUAAAUGGUACCAUGAAAACUAUGUACCAACAAUGGAGGAGUACAUGACCAACGCUUUAGCAUCUUCUGGCUACAUCAUGGUUACAGUCACAUCUUUUGUUGGAAUGGGAGACGUGACCAAAGAGAUCUUUCAAUGGGCAUCUAACAAGCCUAAGAUUGUCAGAGCUUCUUCCAUAAUUGCCCUCAUGGACUAUAUUGUUUCACACAAGUUUGAGCAAGAGAGAGGGCAUGUUGCAUCGGCUAUUGAAUGCUACAUGAAGCAACAUGGGGUUUCAGAAGAAAAGGCAUGCAAUGAGUUGAACAAGCAAAUUGAGAAUGCUUGGAAGGAUAUAAAUCAGGAAUUGGUAAGGCCACCGGCUCGGGUUCCAAUGCCGGUCCUCACACGGAUUCUCAAUCUUGCAAGGGUGAUGGAUUUCCUUUACAAGGAAGGAGAUGGAUACACACAUGUUGGAGAAGCUUUAAAGGAUGGAAUCACUUCAUUGAUGAUUGAUCCAAUCCCAAUUUGA